AUGGGAAACUACAAGACUCAUAGCAGAACAGACCGAGCUGAGAGCCAGGAGGGGCCGGCACAAGUGUUGAAAGUAAAAUGGGAUUCAACCCAAAGUCUGUCGUCAUCCAGCAACCAGGGUCAGGCCAAGGUUGUAACCUUCUCAGCACAGCAGGAGCAGAAAGUGGACGAGCGGCUCAAAUUCUCCCAGUUCCUGGAUGAGGUCACAAACAGGGUGUUGAUUCCCGGGAGUCCCUGGGAGUCCUUCAACCCAGUCCAACAGAGAGAACUAGCUGCAGGUGCAACCUCCUGGUACAGCCCAAUGUCUUCCUCUCUACAGACCAUACUGCAACUACAAGACCCGAGGGUGGACUGUGUCAACUUGAUGCAUCAGUGGAGCAAGUACAGCUUACCCAGCUGUAAGGUGCUGGACCCUGGAGAAGGCCUGAGGAAAGUAGGCCAGGGAGAAAGCUGUUUCUACUCAGAGCUGGAGUCCGUAGAGACGGACAUUGACAUUGUCAGGAGACAGGAUGAACAGGAGUUUAAUGGCUCCCUGGAGAGAGGGAGGGAAAGGGAGAGAAGAAUCAUGUGUGGCAGUCCUGAACCACCUCGAGAUGAUUUUCACAAGCGCCUGUCCUACACCACCCACAAACUAGAGAUGGUGGAGUCUGAGUUUGACUCCACCCGUCAGUACCUGGAGACGGAACUCCGUCGAGCCCAAGAAGAGUUGGAGAAAUUCACUGACAAACUACGCAGGAUCCAGAGCAGUUAUGCAGCUCAGCAGAGGAUCAAUCAAGACCUGGAGGACAAGGUGCACAGGACAUCCCAGCACCAUGAGGACAAGAAAAGAGCGCUGAGCCGGGAGAUCAUCGCCCUCAACAAUCACCUCCUGGAGGCCAAGAUCACCAUUGAAAAGCUCAGGGGAGACAACGACCUUUACAGGAAGGACUGUAACCUGGCAGCGCAGCUCCUCCAGUGCUCCAAGUCACACCACAGAGCCCACAAGCUAUCCGAGCUGCCCAUUGACUUCCAGGAGCGGGUGAGCUCCCACAUAGAGAAGCACGGCUGCGACGUCACAAUGGCACUGUGCCACUCAUCCUACUCCGAUGCUGUGCCCACCGCCGUCAUCGCCAAGGUGCUAGAGAAGCCCGAGCCGGGCAGCAGCUGCCCAGUCACCCACUCAACCAGCCCCCAGCCAUUGGUGGACGAGGGCCAUGACUAUGAUUUCCGCCGUACCGCCUUCCGGACUGCCGACCUGUACUGUAGUGACACGGCCCUCUACUGCCCCGGGCGCUGGCAGGAGCGCAGGCAGAGCGUAGAGGUCCACGGCCUCCCCAAAGAUCUCUUCCCUCAGGCCCAGAACUCCAACCCUCAGGAGGUGGCCUUCCAUUCAGGUAACUUCUCCCAACACAGGGCCCCCUCCUUCCACGGAGAGUUUACUGUGGGCUCCUUGCCGCUCUCUAGCUCCUACUCCAGCUUCAGCCAGGCUUCCGAGGAGGAGAAGGGAGGGGAAGGCUGCGGCGGCGGCACCAGCAGCGCCAUGUCCUCCUCCCACCAGGCUCUCUACAUGGACUGGCGGGAUGGGGGGUACGGUGAACACAAGAGCACCUCUUCUUAUGAGAAGGACAGCCCUCCCAGCCUCAGCCUCUUCCCCAAGUCCCACAGCUUCCAGCACAUGGCGAUGCUCCCUUCCCCCAACCCGGCGAAAGGCGGUGGCGGCUCUUCGCCAGCAUACGUGCACACGCCGUCCUGCGGCUGCAGUGAGCCGUACCACUCGCCACACCUAGCAUCGUUGCACAGCCAGGGCUCAGACCAGGGUGUAGGAGGACCCCGGGCGGUGGAGCGCUCGGACAGCCAGGCCAGCAUAGGUGUCCCCACCGAAGAAGAACUGUCUGGAAGCUGGAGGCAGCUGAGUGUAGAGGACAUCAACUCGUACUCCUACAACUGCAAUCCGGGCCGCAUGUCUCCCUACAGCUUUUCCGAGCAGCACUUCACCUUCCAGGAGGGGGACGCGAACGUCUCUCUCCACAGCCAUGUGCUGGACCAGUGCUUGGCCGCUGCAGUCGGUGGUGGCGGACUCUCACCCAGUCCCAAACACCCCAGCAUGGGCCUGCGGGGCAGGCCCCAGCCCCUUUACAGAGCCAAGGAGGACAGCCAGGACUCAGAGUGCAGCCAGUUCCUCUCAGGAAGCUUGAAGGACAAGGAGAGCGGGGCGGCUGGAGCGGCACGGGUGACCAUGAACAAGGAGCAUGUGGAUGCGAGCCCCAACAGCUUGGCCAAGUCCUUAGACCACCAAAGCUCCCUGGAAGCCCCCGGUCUGCAGCAGCAACACUACCAGAGGGAGAGAGUGAGGCCCAGCCUGAGCCUAGCUAUUCCCAGGAAGAGUUCUCAACACCACCAAAAAUUUGGAAGCACAGGAACAGGACUUAACAGGAAGGACAGUCUUACCAAGGCCCAGCUGUACGGCACCCUCCUGAACUGAACAGCUCGGUAACACUUUAGACUUGACAGGUAUAAUGCAUUAUGAUGCGGUUAUAAUUAAUUGUAAGACUUGUCAUAAGCACGUAUGACCCCUUAUAAAAAGUCUUAAUUUUAUCUCAAUGGACAAAUAACAGCAAUUGUGAGCAAGUUGAAAAUAUACUUCAUAAAAAGCCAUAACAUAUUGUAACCCUUGUAAUAAGAAAUAAAAAAGCUCAUGCGUGCUUAUAACAAGUAAUUUAAAAAAGUACAAUUAUACCGGUUAGCUUGAAGUAGUGUUACCAACAGCUCUUCCUUUUACGCGUGACAAUUAUGUACAUCAUGUUUUCUGUGGCAAACACACAGUUGGUGUGGAUUUGAGAUGUUUUUGUAAUCCGGCGAAGGCAGGCUUCAAGCUGUCAGAUGCUACACAGCUGUGUUUUUUGGGG